CGGGUCUCCUCAGCUGAAAGCAGUAGCACAACAUCCAGAAUUCGUCGUGGACGACCACAACAAGACAUUAGCGACGAUGAUGAUCCAACAAGUCAAAAACGACGUCAUCGUCGUCUUUACGCUAGACAAUAUCGAGCUCAAAUGCGACAUAAAGUCGACGAAGUGAAAGUCUUAUCCGCAAAAUUGGAAGAAAUGCAACGCGUUGUUGAGCGUUUGGAAGCCGCUCUCGAAAGUGAACGACGCGAGCACCAGCAAAAAACAAUACUGCUCAACUCUAUGAUUCAAUCAAAACUGCUUCUUUGA